UCUGGCGCCUCCUCAGCCGCCAUACUUGAGCUUACGGGAGCUCGCAGAGGACAAAAUCGCGCGCGCUUUUCCGAUUUUUAUUUUUUCCGGAGUGAGGCAAGACCUAAGGCGAUAAAGCUAGGUCCAAGCCCGUCCCUCCCCUGCCAUGAGCAGUCUAGUGCAGACCAAGCCGCUGCGUGGGGAGACCCCUCUAUUGGUGCCCGGCGGCCCAUACUCCGUGGUGGUUCUGCUGCAGGGCUACGCGGAGCCCGAGGAGGGCGACGCCGUGCGUGCCGACGGCUCCGUGACUCUUGUCCUGCCCCAGGCCUGGGGCCCUGCCUCCAGCCACGAAGAGCCCCCGCCCACGGGUGGCGAGGCGAAGAGCGCCCUGGAGGAGGCGGCCCGUGGCCCCAUCCUCGUGGACACCGGGGGCCCCUGGGCUCGCGAGGCGCUUCUGGGGGCCCUGGCGGGGCAGGGCGUGGCCCCUGGAGAUGUGACUUUGGUGGUGGGGACCCACGGGCACUCGGAUCACAUCGGGAACCUGGGGCUGUUUCCCGCGGCGUCUCUGCUGGUCUCGCACGACUUCUGCCUCCCCGGGGGCCGCUAUCUCCUCCACGGGCUGGGGGAGGAGCGGCCCCUGCGUCUGGGGCCCGGGCUCGAGGUGUGGGCCACGCCGGGCCACGGGGGCCAGCGGGACGUCAGCGUUGUGGUGGCGGGAACAGCCCUGGGCACCGUGAUGGUGGUGGGCGAUGUGUUUGAACGCGAAGGGGACGAGGACUCCUGGCAGGCGCUGAGCGAGGACCCGGUGGCCCAGGAGCGGAGCCGGAAGAGGGUCCUAGACACUGCCGAUGUGGUUGUGCCUGGUCACGGAGCCCUCUUUAGGGUGGUCAGGGAAGCCUCGCAGCCAGAGACAAAGGAUCCAGGGAACAGCCGGCAGGAUUCCGUGGUUGGAGACAAGGAGCCCACAAUGCACGGAUAAGCCCUGGGAGAGACUGGACUCCUGUCAGGGAAGCCACUCAGCCAAGGACCUGACGUCCCGGAGACGGAGAGGACCCGGACAGCCAAUCAGAGGACUCAAGGUGGUCACUUCCAGGUCCUCUAGGAGGCCAGCUUUGCAGCGAGGAUUCAGUGCUUUUGCCAGUGCUGUCGCCAAUGUCACUGUUUCUGCAACCAAACUGACCCCAAGGACUGGCUCAGCUGUGUGCCCCCUCUCGGGGCUUCAUUAGUAAAAAUGAGAGAAUGUUCUUGGGAGGGUCGUCUAAAAUAAAAACAGGAAACUGCAUGGAAAAUCGUA